AUGUCCGAUAACAAUCCCCAUCACCCUGGGGUGCGCAGCUUGCUAGCCAAGUUUGAAGGCCAAAGCCCCGUCGCCUCUCCGCCGUCUCGUGGCCGAUCCCCAACUGCUUCAGACUCGUCAGGGACAGUUCGACAGCUGUCCAAGGUCCGGGCUAGCUUUGUCACCGUGGAUGGGGUCAUUCAGUCGAAUCCUGCUUCGCCAUUGAGGAAAACAAGUGGGCGCAGCGAUAGCCCUGGAAUGUUUGGACCGAAGAUCAAUUCGGGAGAUGCGGAGUCGGGCCGGCAGAGUAUGAUCUCCCCCCCCCCCGUCAGUCGCCUGGACCACACACAGAACGCGACUCUGGGACAGAUAAUGGCUGAGGGUCGACCGGAGGAAGCCUUUGAAACCAAGAAUGGAAAGAGUCAAGCUGCCAAGGAGGAACCAGAGCGCGCUGAGACCGAAACGCGUCUACAAGCUCCGAGACUCUCCUCGCAAAAGUCAGAUUCAUCAGUAGUGAUUAAGAAGAAGCCUUCUUCUGUUGAGUCUGCCCGCAAUGCAGCGAGCAAGUCCGGGCCCAGUACUGCAGCUUCAACUGGUGCGAAGCCUGCUGCUCACAAUACAAGCUCCAAGCCCACAGCUCGCGAAGUGGCUAAAGAGCGCGCCAACUCUUUGGCCCACAAACCGAGUCGUGUCUCACUGAAUCCCAAGACAACAGCACGGCCAACCCGCGGCUCAGCACCGGCACAAGAUACUUCAAAGCCACAUUCCGCAGGUGCAUCCAGCAGGCCAGGAGUGAAAUCCCCACCAAAACCUGCCCGUGUACCCGGCUCGAUGAAUACGUCAAACCAAGCAUCCGCUGCUAAACCAGGAAGCACAGGGGCUUCGAGCACGCGCACUACCACCAGUACAUCCACCCUUACAAGAAAGCCUUCAUCCCUCAAAACCGCAACUGGGGUUCAGUCGCGUGCCACUACUCCUAGUACCAGCAUCCGCAGACAAUCUUCUCGCCCUUCGUUGCCUGCUCAAGCAGCUAAUGAUACAACCACUAAACCGGUCAAUGAAGGUUUCCUCGCGAGAAUGAUGCGGCCUACUGCUAGCUCUGCGAACAAGUCUCAUCUGCAGGAAAAGACCGACGUAAAGCCUGUCACCAGGUCAACCUCUGUUUCCAAGGCCCCCAGGCAGUCAACUGGGAGGGUGCCAGACCGUAGCGUUCACCAGGUGAAGCCUAAGAGCACUGCCCUUCGACCUCAGAGUCAGAAAUCCCAGGCUCUGAACAAAGAACCUGCGCCACAGAAAGAUGGACUCAAGCCCUCCCAGAAGAAACAGGAAAGUGAAAAAGAGAACAUUGUGAAGCCUAUCACAGCCAGUGCGGAGGAACCUACGACAGUGGAACCCGCUCCAGUUGCGGCUGUGGAACAGCCCGAGACUGCUUCCAAGCCAGUAGAGACCGCUUCCCCUGCUCAGGUUGAGGAGCCUACGCCGGAAGUUGCUGUCGCGUCUCCUGAGUCAACCGAGAAGUCAAUUGAAGUGCCUGAGCCGAUCAUGGAGGAGACAGUGACUGAGAGCUCCUCUGACCCCGUCCCAGUUGAGGACGCUACGGAGGUGUCGGCUGAGCCUAUCAAUUCAAACGAAGCCCAGGCUUCAACCAAGGCUGAGGUGGAUGCUCCCGCUGAGACCCCUGUUGAGCCCAUCGUCGAGAAUGCCGAGGAGAAGGCUGCUGAGACCACCACCGUAACCGAAGAGAUUGCCGCAGAGCCCGUGGCAAUCCCAACGGCUGACGAUCAGGUGAAGGUCGAUGAGAAGCCAGAGGUCUCGGUGCCUGAACCAGAAGUGCUCGAGACUGCCGAAUCAGAGACCAAGGCCGAGGUUCCCAAAAAAGAUGAUGCGCCGGUGAAGGAGGCUACUACCCCUGAAACUUUGGCAGAGGCCGCAGAGGAGAAACCCGCUGAGGACAAGUCUACUGAUGAGCCUGCCCCUGACGCGCAGCCCGCAACUGAGGCUGAGUCGAGCAAUGUCGCCAUCGAUAUUGCUAGUCUGGCAUUGAACUAG